AUGCAGUCUCUUGCCCAGGAAAUAGAGACAUUUUCCAAGACCAAUUUGAGAAAACAAUGCACCCGCGUGACAACAUUGAGUGGCAGGAGGAUUACUGAGACAUGGAAAGGUUCAACUAUUCAUGUUGUAGAGGAUAAAACUCAGCCUGAGAAAGCAUGCGGCUAUGUACAGGACAACAGCUGGGACUUACAAGUUGGAGUUAUUAAACCUUAUUUAAUAUUAGGCUCACAAUAUGCUGCACAUGACUUUGGCACUCUGAAAAAAUAUAAGGCGUCCCACAUAUUGAAUGUAGCCUAUGGUGUUGAAAACGCCUUUCCAGACCUGUUCAUUUAUAAAACACUGAGUAUUCUGGAUGUGUCUGAUACUGACAUAACAUCCUCUUUCCAAGAGUGCUCAAAAUUCAUAGACCAAGCAAAUAAAGAGAAUGGAGUUGUGUUGGUUCACUGCAAUUCUGGAGUCUCGAGGUCCGCCUCGGUUGUCAUUGGAUACCUGAUGUCCAGGCAAGGGAAGCCUUUUGAUGACGCAUUUGCCUUGGUAAAAACAGCCUGGCCAGCCACAUGCCCAAACCCAGGCUUUGUCGAACAGUUGAAAGGUUUCAAACCUUAA